AUGAAUUAUAUUAGAGUCUAUGAUAGUGAUAAUACUGAUAAAUUCACCAAAGUUAAAUUAUAUUAUCAAUUUUAUUUUUAUUAUUAUUUACCAUAUGUGUUAAUCGAUGAUCUUCGAGCUAUCGAUCCAAAUGCCAUUGGAAUAUUUGGUCUUGAUAAACAAAAUGAAAAAGUUGCUCAAUCGAAACGUGGUGAAAGAAUCUAUUUAUACGAAAUAGAUAACAUUCCAGUCGAACAUGGAUGUUUUAUAUUAAAUUAUUCAAAAGUAAUAUCUUAUGAUAAACAUUUAAUCCAAGGUCAAACACAAACAACACCUGUUUGGACACGUUCGGACAUAAUUGCGAUGAUAUCUGCAAUAUUCGGUGUUCUCUCCUUCAUAUGGGCAAUAAUAGCGACAUUUUGA